CGAGCGCUCCCAUCAGGCUGCUUAUGACCCGCCCCCGCAAACCAGAAACAGCGGAGCAGAGAGUGUGACGGAAAGCGCAGGAGAAAGCCAGGCUGGAGCUGCCCUGGGAAGUCGAGAGUGUAGCAGAGUCAACGCAGAACAACGCCAAUUAACCACUAGCAACGGAAAGAGACAACUGAAGCCACAGAAUGGCGAUGGAUAUCUAUGACUCUCAGUACCUUCUCAUCCUGGCCCCCACACUGGUCAUCGCCCUCAUGUUCCUCUUCUUCUGGCUCUUCAUGAAGGAAACCUCUUAUGAUGAGGUGCUGGCUCGGCAGAAGCGAGAUCUCAAGCUGCCGCCGACCAAGCCAGACUCUCGUAAGAAGAACGAAAAGAAGAAAAGCAAGAAGAAGGAAUCCGCUGGCGGGGGAAGCGGUGGAGGUGGAGGAGAGUCUGAAGAAGACCUGCGGGAAAUUGACUUGACUGACGGCAUUGGCUCUAACAUGGAGGCAGAGAAGGAACCUGAAUCCGUGGGUACCCCGGAUCCAUCCCCGCCUGCACCUGCUGCCGAAGUUUCAGUCUCUCCAGAGGCUACUUCUGGGCUAAGGGAGAGGAAGAAAAAGGAGAAAAAGGCUGCCAAGGCUGCUGCCAAAGCUGCUGCUGCAGCAGCUUCCAACCUAGAGGAGUCAGAAAUGAACGACUCAAAGCCAGUCAGCCACAAGACAGAGACGUCUCCAACUUCAGGCAAACGAAUAAACCCACCUCCUCCCCUGGUGGAGACACAGGUUCAGGUCCAAGCUGUUCAGGCUCCUGUUCAAACUCAAACUCCUCCCCAAACCUCUGGGAAGAAGAAAGACAGGAAGAAGCAGAAAGUGGAGGCGGCAGACGUCCAGCAGCUUGAGGUGAAAGCAGAGCAAGCUCCAGCUCCAAGCAAAAAGGAAGCUCCUUCUGUGGCCGAAACCAAAGUCCUUGACGGUGCCAACCCAAUGGCUGUCACUGGCAAAAAGAAAAACUCUGCCAAAAAGCAGAAGACAGAGCAUGUAGUAGAGGAAACCCACAUUUUGGGAGAUGCAUCUGCCUCCAACCACCAGGUAGCUCAUAAUGAUGACGUACCACCUAAAGCAUCUGCCAAGAAACAGAAGAAUGAGACUGAUAAAGCAGGGAACACAGAAGUGAAACUGAAGGAGCUGCUUUCUGGUCUGUCCAGCCUGGCUUUGUCAGAAGCGGAAGCUAUCAGUGUGAUCGCUCUCCUCCGAGAAAAGAGCCCUACUGCCCUAGAAGCCUGGAACAAAUCCACAGCGAGGCCCGACCCGGCGGCCCAGGAGAGAGAGAAACUUCUUGUGACUCUGCAGGAGGAAUCUUCUAUCGCCAAAGACAAAGUGAAGCAGCUCAGUCAGGAGCUUCAGCUUGAGAAACAGAAAACUGGCAGAAUGGAGGCCAUGGUGAGAGAGCAGCGAGUCGCAAUGGAGAAGGAGUUGGGCGGCAUGCAGGCCAAAGCACAGGGCAGCUACCAGGAGCUACAGAAUAUGCAAAAAUCGUUUCAGCAGGUGAGGGAGCAGUUGGAAGCCCAAAUCACUCGGCUGCAGCAGGAGAACGGGAUCCUGAGGGACGCUGUCAGCUCAGCCACCACUCAGAUGGAGAGCAAGAAUUCUGCAGAGCUGAACAAGCUGCGCUCCGAGUACGCCGGCCUGAUGAAAGAACUGGCAGACAACAACAGCAAGUUGCAGCAGGAGGAACACCAGAGGAAGUCACUGGAGGUCAACUACAAGCAGAACGUGUCUCAGCUGGAGGCCCAGUUACAAGAUGCCAAGAGAAGCUGGGAAGAGUUGCAGAACUUCCUCCACAAUGUCAACGCUGAACGAGAGAAGCUUCAGGCCUCUAAGCAAGACCUUCACAGCCAACUUCUGGCAGCUGAGACGGAGAUGAACAACAAAAACAAGGAACUCCAGACUCUACACAGCAAUCUGAAUGAGGCCAUGCUCUCCAAAGAGCAGCUGGAGCGGAGGGUGAUGGAGCUGAUGGACAUGUCCCAGCGCAGUGUGCCAGAUGAAACUGUGCAAGCACAGGUUCAAGAACUUAAGAAUGAGAACAAAGCUCUUCAGGCUCAGAAUGAAGCACAAAAAUCCCAGAAUGAGAACCUGCAAGCUCAGAUUUCUUCACAGGCCAAACAUGUGUCCCACAUUGAGGAACUACAGAAGCUGCUGUCUGAAAAAGAGCUGCAACGGAAGAGUCUGGAGGAUUCUCUUAAUGCUGAGAGGAGCAGCGGAGCGAGCAGAGAAACUAACAUGCAGACUUUGCACAAUGAGAACUUGUUGCUGAAGGCAGAGAUUCAGAAUCUGCAGGCACAGAUUACUGAACAGAAAGCUUCCCAGCUGGCCUUGGACCAGAUCCAGAAGAGUGUCCAAGAGAAAGAGGAGAACAUGAAAACAGUUGAGGGACUAUUGGAGGAGGGGUUGAUUCAAGUGGCCAACAAAGAGACAGAGCUGAAGAGUAUGAAAGUUGAAAAUGAGGCACUAAGGCGUGAAAUAGAUGACCUUAAUAAAAAGAAGCAGGAACAGGCUACAUCAGAGUUGAAAGUGGAAGAACUCCAAAAACAGAUCCAAGAGAAAGAUGUGAAGCUGAAAUCGAUGGAGGAGAAUCUACAAGCAGCACAAGCCAGCAGCUCCACCAUGGAGAAGAUGGUUGAGACUCUACAGCAGCAGUUGUCUGCUCAUCAGCAGGAGCUGGAGAAGCAAAGACAGGCGCAACAAGAGAUAGCCAGUUAUGGUAUCAAGAUUCAGGAACUCCAGUCUCAGUUAGCAGCAAAGGACCAGGAAAUCCAGAGGCUUCAGACUGAGCUGAAGGUAAAGACAAAGGAUCUGAGUGAGAAAGUGGAGCAGAUACAACAGCAGCAGUCCAUCUCUGCAACACCAAGCCCUGAAUUCCUCGCAACGUUGUCUGAGAAGGAGAAUCAGGUGGACAGUCUGCAGGUGGAGCUGGCUGAGCUGAAGGACACUUUGGAGCUUCACAGGAAAAAGAACAACGAGCUUCGGGAGAAAAACUGGAGUGCAAUGGAGGCUCUGUCAGCCACCGAGUCCAUGCUUCAAGGAAAACUCAGCAAAGCUGUCAAGGAAAGCCAAACAGCGCUGGCACAAACACAAGCUGAGUGUCGAGAUGUUCUGCACAGACUUCUACCCCACGUGCCUCUACCCUCUGAACAGAACCAUCAGGAGUGGUUACAGAGGUUCGAGACUGCAGUGGCUGAAAGCUUGGUCACACAGGUUAGACAAACAUCACAGGAGUCAGAAGAAUUAGCUGAGAAACUGAAAGAAGCAGAGGAAACCCAAAGGAUUUUACAGAAGGACUGUGAGACGUACAAGAAGGUGUUGGCAGAGACGGAGGGAAUCCUGCAGCGCCUGCAAAGCUGCGUUGAGGAGGAGGAAUCUCGGUGGAAAGUUAAGCUGGAACAAUCGCAGGAAGAUGUCAGAGAGCUGAGAAGAGAGAAGCAGCACUUGGAGUCCGAGUUGGAGAGGGCAGAGAAUGAGAGCGCGACGUAUGUGACAGAAGUGAGAGAGCUCAAAGAUCUAUUGACUGAAUUGCAGACCAGACUUGAUGGCUCAUAUACAGAGGCUUUCAGACAGAAUGAGGAGCUGGCUUUGUUGAAAACCCAGCUGUCUGAGACGCUGUCCAGGUUGCAGACGGAGGAAAACGAGAGGCAAAGAGUAGCUGGAGACCUGUACAAGGCCCAGCAGUCUCUUGAACAGAUCCAGAGUGAACUCACAAAACUAAUAGAAAACAAUGCCCUGAUAGAGAACAGCAGCCUGUCAUCACAACAUGAGGAGAUUGACAAGAAGGAGAGAAUAACUGCAGGACUGAAUCAAACAGUGAGAGAAAUGCAGCAGCUGCUCAUUGCGAUCAGCCAGCAACUGGCUAAGGGGGAGACUGAGAAAGAUCAACAGAAGGUAUAAGGAGAGGAUGCCACCACACAGACACACUGACUGCAAUACAGAGACAGCCUGCAAACUUCAGCCUCCUCACUACCGCAUCACACAGUCACUCCUGCUCACUUCCUCCCAAACCCUGUCCUCUUCACCUGUACUGUAAAGACCUCUUGUCUGACGGCCUGCACAGGAGCAGGCAGAGGUCCUGUUUUAUUCCUAACACUCCAAGCACGGUACCAAAACUCCAAUUCUCCACUCCAGCCACAUUCCUCCUCUUCUGCAGCUUCAUCAAUUGAUUUAUUAUUAUCAUUAUUAUUUUUUUUUACUUCAAACUUUAAAAAUGACCCCGACAUUAUUUAAACUGUGUGGCUACCAUUCCUCUGUUAUAAAUCCACCUGUAUAAUUUCCAGUGACAUACUUUUUAAAACUACAGUAGAUUUUUGUUUUGUCUGGAGAGGGCAGAGAUGAAAUGUCCCGGCUUAAAGAAACAAGCGUUGGGAUUUCCUGUUUCUUUUCCUUUUAACUUAAAGAUAUGUAUUGUUUAAGUGUACCGCUUAGGACCUGCUGAAAUACACUGUUCUGUUGAUUUGCUCCCUGACAAGAGAAAACACCGCGAUUGCUCCAUGCAUACCUUGGCUCAAUACUUCCUGGGGAAAGACGGGAGUCAGUAAAGCUCUCUGCAUGCGAGAUGGGUCACUACGUGACUGUAUCCAUGGUGACACAUUUUUGUCCCGCCUUUACUGCAGCUCCACAGAGAAGAGAGUUUGGAGUACAAGACCAGGCACAUUUAAGAGGUUUUUAAUCCAACUGCAACCACUUUAGAAAUGAGCGUCCCACUUUGUGUGUAAUCAACACUUACUUUAUUGUGGCUGAGUCCAUUAACACUGAAGAUUUUGUUCUUUUUGUAAUGGGUGAUGUUAAUAAAAGGGAUGCUUAAUAUGG